GCCAGGCCAGCUCAGAAAUGGCAGCCAUGGGACGCGGGCGAGGGAUAUCACGAAUUUAAGAGAGUUUUUCAUGGUCGUAGAUUGCUGUAGAUAGCGUUCACAUGCACGAGUUUGUUGUGGCGGUAUUAAUAUAAUUUGGGGCCAAUGUGUCGAUUGGGGAAAACGUUUAAAGGUUUCAGAAUCGGCAUGUUUUGUAGUGGGCUAAGCUAGGCAGCGGUUAGCAAAUAAACUUGUUUCCUCUGACUGACGAGAAGAAGCUUUUGUCCUGCAUACGUCGUCCUAGCUCACUUUCAUCAUGGCCAUCUCCCAGUUUCGUCUGUUCAAGAUCUGCACAUGCUUGGCCAACUUGCUGUCCUUCAUUAAGAGGUUAAUAUGCAGGAGUGGAAGAGGCCGCAAGCUCAGUGGGGAUCAAAUAACUCUGCCGACAACAGUGGAUUUUUCAUCUUUACCAAAACAGUCUUUACAGCCAGAGAUCGAAGAGUGGAGCUCCUGGGAUGAAGAAGCUCCUACAAGUAUUAAAAUCGAAGGUGGGAAUGGAAACAUUUCCCCUCCUCCCAACGAAGCAGACGAGGAGCCCGACUACUUUAAAGACAUGGCUCCAACGAUCAGGAAAACACAGAAGAUCAUGUUGAAAAAGCGGGAGCCCUUGAACUACCUGGUGCCAGAUGGGUCCGCAGGAUUCUCCAGCAGGCUGGCUGCCUCUCAGGAUAUGAUGAACUUCAGUCCACCCUCAGCCGAACUGGGAGAAAUGGAAAACUGGCAGGAGGACACGAACGCCUGGGAGGACGAGUCUGAUGCUGCCUGGGAGGCAGAGGAGGUGCUCAGGCAGCAAAAGCUGGCAGAGCGAGAGAAGCGGUUCAUGGAGCAGCAGAAGAAAAAGAUGGAAAAAGACGCUCAGAGAAUGUUGAAGAAGGAGCAAAAGAUUGCCGUCAAGCUUUCGUAACGUUUUAAAAUGCUCAGUUUUGAGCUAAAGGGAUCGGUGUGGGAGCAAAGACUCUAUAUUUAUCAUUACGUCUUUCAAAUCAAACCAACAAGAUUAUCAGUCACUACUUCUCUGUUUGUAAAUUGUCAUCCUCCUGUUUCCACCAGCAGCCAUCUUGGUCCAUUUCCCUAAAAGUAUCAGUCUUAAGAGCAAACCUGUUUUACUGUUUCAGGUGACGUCCUUAACGGAGUCAGUAACAGCACUUUCAUCUUAGGAGUAAAAAAGUUAGAUCCAGCUUUAGAUUCCAACUUAAUCUGGUUGGUGUUGAAAUGUUUUUAAUUUCCCAGGAACAUUUGUAAAUAAACUGGUAUCUCUGCCACCUUUUGAGCUCUGGGGAGGAGCACAGUUGCCUUUAUUUGGCCUCCAGUGAGUGAACACGGCGUAAUUUGUUCGGUCACUGUAUACCAGUGACAUCCUUUGGUUUGCUGCUCUGAUUCUUGUUUUUAUAUUUAUAUUUGACCUGAUCAGAAAACUUUUCUUUUCUAAUGGAUUUUGCUUGAAAUGUCUCAUCUUGUGCCGUUUAGCCUUUACUACACUGGAGGUUUGCAUAAUAAACAAAAGAGGAAUUUAGUCAACUAAACAGGCUGUUGAUAAAUAUCAUAGAUUAGUAUCAAGCCUGCAUAUGAAUUAUAGCUGUGGGUUCCUAUGGUAACCUCAUGGCAGUUGGCUUACUGUUCAAUUAUUCAACUCGGUCAUCCUUUGAAGAGAACUUAUCCAGUGAUUGGUGCAUUUUUAUGGCAAAGGGAAGUUUCUUUUAUUAAAUGAUUAUUCACACAAACGUGAAUCAGAAGGAAUUCAAAUGACGUGGCUGGAGGAGGUGGGGGUUACUUUCACAACAAAACUGGAAGUUUUCUUGAGCUUAGUUUUUCCUUUUUUCUUGUCAGAAAUUUCUGGUCCUCAAAUGGAGAAAAAUAUUCCAGUGUCCAUGUCGCCAUGGAAACAUCAGUUAAAACUGAAAUAAUUGAAUAUGAUGCAUUUUACAGAACAGAUGGAAACAAGGUGAAACUUUUUUCUUAUUCAUUGUCAGAAACAUUUGCAGGUACCGUAUUUUCUGCUUCUUAAACAAGUGAAAACCCAAAGGUACUGAUUCUGUUAAACUCAACUGAUGAAGUGAUUAUUAAAUGCAUGGCCAGUGUUACGAAUGAACUUGAGAAUUAAGGCGGUCGUUUCAAACGAAGUCAGCAAAAGUUUUUUUGUUUUUUUUCCUUGACAAAAAUUACAUUUGUAACUAAUCUUAAGAAAAACUUUUUUCAUUUGUCAAUGUUCAUGUCUG